CUCUGACUUAAAAAUGAAUUAUAAAUUCUAAUGGCCAGCUCGACACGAAGACAACAAAAGUAUCGCUCACGAAGAAGAUUAGCAGCUCUCAGUUUUCUAUCGAAUAUUUCUCUGGAUGGUACAUAUACUGCAUUACCUUUAGUGCUCAAUGGCAAGGAAAAGGAACUGUCAAAUAAUCCUUACGAGAUAGGCAAUUGCGAUGGCAAAUUAUGUAGACCUAAUGAUCAACAACUCGGGUCACUUGGCCUUGGGCUUGGCCAUGACAACAAUGAAAACGAAGGAAUAGAAAAUGCUUCGUGUUCUGUUUCUCCCUUGAAAGACGAUGCUUCUAAGAGAUCUGUUAUAAAUAGUGCAAAGCUAUCAAGUGCUUGCACAAAAUCACCUAGAAGCUCAAGAUUUGAGAGAGCUAAUGAUGGAUAUGGUGGAAAAAGAUGGAGAGCGUCGUCUUACUCUAGCGGUGACAAACCUGGUAAGCCAACGAGACGUCUUUUACACUUAAAUUCUGAUCCUGUUGAUUGCCUCCCUAACGCAGUUAAGAGGCAAAUUUUUGGAGAGGGUCAGGGAUUGGGUGAUCGCAGUAGAAGAUCCAGUAUAGCUUCUGGGGAAUCUGGCAAAUCCAGUACCGGAGAUCUAACUGCCAUAGUCGGUGACACCAACCCGUUUUCUGAUUUAACAUAUAAACGAAUAUUUUUGGUGUCUGGAAAUCGUUUUCCUUUGGGAAUUUGCUCAGUUUUGUCAUUUUCUACACAAGUAUCUCUCAAAACAAAAGAAGAAGGACGUGUUCGUCAUCUGUCUGGACAUUCAGGUUCUCGGUCACAUUCGUCACAAGAAGGGCUACUGUUUGUUGGUUUACAACAUGGUGCCAAGCAAGAAGAGGAAGUAUCAUACAGUCGUUUUUUGGUAGCAUCCAAUAGAAAAAAUGUGGCAAAAAGAGCUUAUUCAGAGCAUAAAGAUCAAAUAUCCAGCCGAUCAAGCGAAAUAAAUAAAACGGCCUCCUUCUCGUUAUAUCAAGAGGGUCCACAUGGCAUAUACCAACACGGCACCCCUCCCCAACACCUGUGGCACCCUCAUAAUAGCCCUUGGCAGUGGCAUUGUCAUCUAGAAACAGUGCAAGAAGACUCUAACGAUGCUUACCAUGCUAACAAAUUGGAUGAUCCAGAACUGCAGUCUGGCAGCUACAGAACUGAACUAACCUUUAAAUCUUAUCUGACCUCAAUAAUUGAUUAUGUCAAGCCGUCAAUGUUGAAAAAAGAACUGAAUGAAAAGUUUAAAGAAAGGUAUCCAAAUGUCCAGCUAACUCUGUCUAAACUAAGAAGUUUAAAAAAGGAGUUGUGUCACAUAGCCCACAUAAAAUGUGGUGUUGACCUGUGGACUGUAGCCCAGGCGUAUGUCUUUUUUGAAAAGAUUAUUCUCAAACAAUUAAUCACAAAGCAGAAUCGCAAACUCUGUGCAGGAGCAUGUCUUCUUCUAUCCUGUAAGCUAAAUGAUGUUAAAGGUCCAACACUUAGCAGACUUAUUGAACAAGUGGUGGAUGAUUUCCGUGUGAACAGAAAGGAACUGUUACAGUAUGAGAUAGAAUGCCUGGUUGCCAUUGAGUUCUAUCUUCACAUCCCAGAUACAGAAAUAUAUCCACAUUACCAGAGAUUAUUGUACAAGUCCUAACAGUAACUGUAGGAAGAUCUAGCUAUAUGUUGAUGCUUGAAAAUUUAAAUCUUAAGAUUUAUAAACUUAGAUUGAAGUCAUUGAAGUUUUUUUAGGACUAAGGAACAAGGCAGAAGAAUAUAUGUUAGAUCAGUUCAUAUGUUUAUUGUUUAUUGAUUAUCCAAGACAUAGUCAAUACAUUCUUCUUCUAAAUGCUUGUUAGAUUUUAAAUUGAAUUAUUUUUGUUUAAAUGUUUGAAGCAAAUUGCUGCUAUAUGUUGUAUAUAGGUUGUUGUUUUUUUUGUAACAGUUUUUUCUUCUGCUUAAAAUUGUGUUUGAGUUUAUUUUUUAGGUAACUGUUGACUGUAACAGCAAAACAACACUGUACAUCAAAACACUUUUUUUUCCCCCUGUGCCUCAAAAAAUGUUCUAGAUUCUUGUUCAGCUAUUUAUUAUUACAUAGUGUACAUAUAGUCUUAUUUUUUUAUGCCAUUUUUUUGUACAUAAAUAUUUAUAUAAUCAAAAUCAUGUUCUGCUUUUAUUAUUUUAAAAAUCGUUUGGGGAAACUGAAGUUUGAAACUGAUCCGAAAUUUAUCCAUGUAAGGAGUGUCAAGCUGUAUUCCUAGGAAUGUAACUCUGUGUAGCAUGCUAUUAAUGAGCUCCAGUUAGUCUUACAACACAACAUAAGGGGAAUAGUUGCUAUAUUAUUUAUAAAGUAUUGGUAUAGAUUAUGGAGGCAGGGUGGCUGAGCGUUAAAGUGCUAGGCUUCCUAACUGGGGGUCCUGAGUUUGAAUCCUGGUGAAAACUGGGAUUUUUAAUUGCGGGAUCUUUGGGCGCCUCUGAGUCCACCCAGCUCUGAUGGGAACCUGGUCAUUAGUUGGGGAAAAAUAAAGGUGGUUGGUCAUUGUGCUGGUCACAUGACACCAUCAUUAACCAUGGGCUACAGAAACAGAUGACCUUUACAUCAUUUUCCCUAUAGAUCACAAGGUCAAAGGGGAACAUUUUUCACCAGUAUGGAAAUGCUUUAACAAUACAACAAUAUUGACUCUCUUCCUCACUAGUAAUAAAAUUAGAAUUUUGUUCUUGCUCUCCAGAGCUGCCAAAUUUAUGUCUAAAUGUGCUCAAGAGCUAAUCAAUGUAUAUGUUACAGCCAAAGCUAAAAGUUUGUUGUUUUUUUUUCUUUGGCCGAAAUAGUUGCAAAUCCCAUAGUGUUGAGAGAUGUUGAAGAAAUGUGAUAUGAAUGUUACAAUUUGUUCCUUGAGAAUUGAUAUAUUUGUUUGCAGCCAAUUUGUCAUAUUUUAAAAAGAAAUAUUUAGUUUGUUGAUAAAUAACAGUGAUUUCCAGUCAUGUUUCAGUAUUGGCUAUUUUUCAUAUAUUUUACAUUUAGAGUUGCCAGCAAGAAGAAGAGUCCUGUAAAGUAAGAGUUUGAAUUGUAUUUUCUGAAUGGCAUAUUAAAACAAACUUUGAAAGCUGAAGAAGCUAAAAUCUUUUAAUUUUCUUUUCAAUAAGAACACAAUUAAUUACAGUACAAUAGAAAGAAGUGUAAUGUUUUAGAUGUUAUUCUAUUUUUUUAUUAUCAAGUAGGUCAAUCUAUUAGCAUUCUCUAAACUCUUGACCUGAAGUAUCAUGGACUUUUCCUGGUAAUAGGGUAAUAAUAUGAUAUGGUCUUAUUAUGAGCAGUGUCAAGAAAUCUUUUUCUCAGUCAUGUGACACUUAGCAUAUUUGGGAGGUGAAUGCAAAUGCCACUGGCUUAUUUCCAAUCUCUUGAUUAGCUUAGUAGUGAUUAUAACCUUCUUUGGGAUAAUGUAGAAUAUUGUUAGCCAUAAAAGUAGGCUCUCCACACCCUCAUUUUCUCUUGUGAUGUUCUGUGUCUAAAAAUUAAAUUAUACUGAUUUAUUCUAAAGAUCAUAUUUAUCUUAGACCUAGAAAAGUGAAGUUUAAAAUUACUUUAGGCUUAUGGCAUUAAAUUAUAUUAUCUGACAAAACCUAUUAUUGGCGUGGACCCAGUAUGACACUUGUCAAGUGUUGUUGUUUUGGAAUUUUUAGACCUGAACCUUGGCAUUUCUUCUAAUGUAGAUCUCUCAUAAAAAAAUAUAGAUCCUUAUAGUCAAUUAUCUAUAAAAAGCAAAAGAAAAAAAUCUUCAUAAAAAUGGUUAAUGUUUUUUAUUUUCAUUGCAAUUUAAAUAGGUUGUAAUUUGUAAGCAUUGGCAUUCAAGCAACUAUGAUAAUAGUUUAUAAUUAUUAUAAUUAUAAUAAUUUAUUAUGCUUUUUAUAUAAUAAUAUUUUUUGUAUCUGCCUGUUGUUUUUUUCAUGUCAACUUUUAGUUUGUAAUUCCUUGUGCAUUGGUGUUUUGUCAACUAGCUGUGUACAUAUAUUUCUAUGAAAUAAAAGGACACGUGAAGAUUA